CGUGAUGGCGUGACGUAAUCCCAUGUGGCUUUGAACGUGUUCGUCUUGAAGCAAACAUUGCAGACAACGUUUUUAAAGCUUUGCUUUGUGUCACCCAGGCCAGCAUGGGCAAGAAAAGGUGCAAGGACAGGAGUUCCAGAGAGAAAGAUGACUCGGAGAUGAAUGGGCCACUUUGCAGGCACAUCAGGAAAGGCACGGACCAAAGCAUCCUGAAGAAGAUCCCUGACGCCUCCGACUGGACGAACUGCCAGGACUGCAGAGAUGAGGAGAACAGCUGCGCAGAUUCUGCCAGGGACUCUGAGGACGAGCGAGAAGUAGCAGUGUGGAUGUGCAUGAAGUGUGCCCACAGGGGUUGUGGGCGGAGCUCUGAGAACCAACACGCCAUCAAGCAUUAUGAAACCCCUCGCUCGGACCCCCACUGCCUGGUCAUCAGCCUGGACAGCUGGAGUGUUUGGUGCUACGAGUGCGACGAAGAGGUCCAGUACUCCAGGACCAGUCAGCUGGCUCAGCUGGUCACCAGCAUCAAAAAGAAAUCUCACUCGGAGCCCAGAGAGAACGCACAGAAAGAAGACGUCGUUGUGGAGGCGGGACCGCGGAGGGAAUCCGUGGAGCAGGAGGAAGAAAAGGAGAACGUGGAGGAGCAGAAAAGUGGGACAGAAGACAACAGCAGCGUUCCUGUGAGGGGACUCAGCAACCUGGGGAACACAUGUUUCUUCAACGCUGUCAUCCAGAAUCUCUCUCAGACGCGGCUGUUGAGACAAACUGUCCGCAAAGUGAUGGAAGACAAGGCCGUGGUCAGUGUCCAGCCUGCUGCCACGUCCCCAUUGAAACCUGUGGUGGUGCAGCUGGACCAGCCCGGAUCGCUGACUGUGGCCAUGUAUCAGCUGCUCAGUGAGAUCCAGGCCUCCAAAAAGGGCGUGGUGACACCGCGGGAACUCUUCUCACAAGUUUGUAAAAAGGCUGCAAGGUUCAAAGGGUUCCAGCAGCAAGACAGUCAGGAGCUGCUGCGCUACUUGCUGGAUGGGAUGAGAGCGGAGGAGAGCAAAAGGGUGAACUCUGCCCUCACGGAAGCACUCAAAAAAUCAGAAAAGCUCCCUGAUGGAGAACAGCUAAAGUCUGUUGUGAAAGAGUACGAGAAAAACGGCGUCCCCAAGAACUUUGUCGACCACGUGUUUGGCGGGGAGAUGACCAGCACAAUUAUGUGUCAGCAGUGCAAGACGGUGUCUGUGGUCACUGAGAUGUUUCUGGACCUUUCCCUUCCUGUUUCUGAUCAAGCAUACAGGAAGAAGAACCAGAAGAAAGUGGCUCAGAAAACCAGGGACUUGAGCGAAGACGGCGGGGAAAGUCCAAGUGAGGACGUCACCCCUGGAAGCAAGUACCAGCAGAAGAAAGCCAAGAAGCAGGCCAAGAAACAAGCCAAGCACCAGAAGAGGCAGCAGAAGCUGGAGAGCAAAGUGGUCUUCAGCAGCGUGACGGAGAACCCGCAGAUCGAGGUUGCCCAGGAGAAAGGCGACACGGCGCCAGCCAGCCCCCCAAAGACCAACCCGCAGGUCCAGCCUGAAAAAGAAGACUCCUCGUCGCCGGCCUCCAACCGCUUCGCCCUUCUGUCCGGGACGCGGCGCCCCGACAGCUGGCAGGAAGACGAGGACGACAUGGACGCCCAGCUGGUGGGCGAGAUGGAGAAGAUCAACUUGAACGACGCCUUCAUCGACUCGGACGCCAUGGAGACGUGUGCGGAGAGCGAGGACGACAUGCCGGAGGAGGCCAAGGAAUACACGGUAGUCAACCAGGACCCGGACCUGGCCUUCCAGACUCUGGCCAGCAGGCCGGCUCCAGACCAGCAGGAGUGCUCGGUGGAGUCGUGUCUGUUCCACUUCACGCAGGAGGAAACCCUGAGCCACAACAACAGCCUGCUGUGUGUCACCUGCAGCAGGGACAAAGCUGCAGGCUCCAAGAAGGUCUACACUGAAGCCUUGAAGCAAAUGCUAAUCUCAUCUCCACCGCCUGUGCUGACGCUUCACCUGAAGAGAUUUCAACAGAAUGGCUACAGUAUAUGUAAGGUGAACCGACACGUGCCCUUCCCCCUCCUUCUGGACAUCGCACCUUUCUGUGCCCUCAAAUGUAAGAACGUGCCGGAAGGUGAGAGCCAAAUGUUGUACAGCCUGUACGGCAUCGUGGAGCACAGCGGCACCAUGAGGUCGGGUCACUACACGGCCUACGUGAAGGUUCGCCCACACGGCCCCGGCAGACUGGUAGCGGGAGGAGGAUCGUGGUUCCACGUCAGCGACACCAGUGUGCAGCCCACCAGCGAGAGCAAAGUGCAGAGCAGCCAAGCCUACCUCCUGUUCUACGAGAGACUCCUCUGAUCUACACUUGAGUGCCUGCGUGGCUCCUCAUCGCCUGAGCUGGUCUGGAAUGAACUGGACUCCUCAGAGGAUUUUUUACUCAGUGGGUGUUGGGAGACCAACCAGAAGUUUGCGUCUGUACUUUCUUCCCCCAAUCGUGGGAAUGUGUCAGGAUGUGCAAACAAAGUCAUAAAUAGUUUUUUUUUUCACAA